AUGGAGGGUGACCUAGAGAGUAGGGUGAACCACUUCUACGGAGUGGUGCAGCGAGAGAUUCUUAACUUCUUCACGGAGGAGAAAGACAAUAACGAGUACCUGAGUUACGCACGGAUAGGACUCCUAAUACAAGAUUUGAUGGAUUAUCUAAAUAGUGAUGCGUUCUACAUCUUCACCAAAGCGUGCCAAGGAAGGGGUAACAUCAGAUACCUCCAAGAACCCAAACUGUUCUCAUUCUCAGUGAUUCCACAGAAGCUAAGUCGAAGUCUCCUACGGCUCUGCCAGGAUUGCACACUUCUUUACUCGGAAUUGUUUGACAACAUCGUUUGCGAUAUGCAUUUUUUAUUAAGCGUGUUUGAAGGGAUAAAAGAUUAUGACGAGUUUUAUGGCAGGCUGAUUGGGAUUUGCGAGAGGGUCUAUCUAAGUAAGGACGGCCCAGGAAGAGACAUAAGAAAGGACAUACGGUGUGUUAUUGGCAGGUCGGACUAUAUGCUGGACAGCAGUGGGGGGGGGCGACCAAGCGGGGAAAGCGGGGAAAUCGGGCCAAAUGGACAAAAUGGGCAAAGCGGGACAACCGUACAAAGCGGGUCAAUCCGGCCAAGCGAACCAACCGUACGAAGCGAACAAAACUGUCAAGUUAAACAAAUCGAGUACAACACCAUUUCGGUGGCAUUUGGGAAUCUGUCGACUGUGCUAUUCGAGGCGCACAAGAACAUGCUGAAGCAGGUUUACCGGGAGUGCUUCCCCCUCGAGGGGGAGGGGAAACCGGAAGGGCAACAUGGGGAAGCACAGCCCCAAACCGACGUGGGAUCCAUCCUGGAGGGGAAAUUCAAAAAUGACUUCCUGGAAGGCAUAGUCACGUGCAUGAACAAGUGCCACGAGGCUUACCUAACCAAAACGAAGCCUCUGCAAGGACGCAACAAAACAAUUAUCAUCUCGAUCCUACACAAUGAGGAUCUCAACUGUUUCGAUAAAUAUAGGACCAAGUAUGAAUUAAAUAAAAUGGACCUAAGUCAAAAAUGCCUAACGAUAAAGGAGUUGCAACUUCUGUAUGAAAAAAGAAAAAUAUUCUUAAAUUACCCACACGAGACGUUAGAAGAGACAUUCAAAAGAGUGAAGGCAUGUCAAGGGGACCCCAACAAGGAGAAGCUCGCUCCAGGGAAACUGCUCCUGGAUUUGAAUGUCAAAGAAUAUGACCCAUAUGAUUGCCGCAAUUAUAGACAACACGUGUUAGAAGUCAGCGUGGUGUACUUUCGAUCACUCUACUCACCAGAUCAUUUUAAUGAAAUCAUUUGGCACGUGAGGGAGCUACUCGAAUUCAGUGAUGCUGUUAAAAUUCCCUCAGUGCCUUACCAGCUAGUGGGCUCCAAACGAAUACAAAUGAUCCUCCUUGAUGAGUCCAUCCUAAGACACUACCUCUCUCUAGACUUAAACAAGACGAAAAAAUCAGACAAGCAGAUACAACACGACAUGAACCUCUUACAGAAAACAUUCGCCCUGCAGGUGGACCCGUCGCUCAGCCAGAAUGAGGACAUCGUUUCGCAUGCCAUUAGGGAGGAUCACCAGUAUUUGCUCAAGCCGCAGCGAGAAGGGGGAAAAAACAACCUACACGGCAGAGAUAUUCGGGAAAAACUCAUGCUUUACUAUAAACCGGAGGAACGGGAUAAGCUCUCCUUUUAUGUCCUCAUGCAGAAGUUGUUUCCGACUCCUUUCACUGCGGUGCAUUGCAGGACGAGGGUGUGCCCAAGCGGGGAGGGUCAUGCUGAUUCGUCAAAUAGAGGUGAGGCCGGAGGAGUGGGGGGAAAGAUUUCGUCCGUCCAAUGCGAGGGCAAAUCCCACGUCGUUGAAUUCACCCCUGAGCAAUCCAUCUCCGAAAUUAGCCUCUUCCACAAUUUUGUGUUUUGCAACAAUGUGAACCUGCUGAAUGAGCAGAAGGGGUACCUGGUGAGGACGAAGAACUACCGGGAGAACGAGGGGGGCGCCAUUUGUGGCAUCUCCAGCUUGGACUCCUUCUUCUUGGUGUGA